GCUGCACUGGGCGAGGGGGCUGGAGCCAUUUUGGAAUCACUUUUUUUUUUAAAGUUAACGAAGGAUAAUAAGUGCGGAGCGUGUGGCCCGGGAUGCCGGUGUGAGGGGCAGGGGACACGCUGAGAGGACAUGUGGGCACCGCUCUGCCUGCUGUGGGUCGCCCUGCUCUGGGUGCCGGGGAGGGGGAUAGAUGUGCACCUUCACUCCGGGACCCGUCAAGGAGCCAACUUCUCUCUAGGACCCCACUGGACUUACAGCGUAAAAAGCCCCUGGGACGGGGCUGUAGAAAUCAGCCGCUCCGGGGAACUGAGUUUAGGCUGGGGAUGUGCGCGGCUACCCAGGCUCCCACUGCCCGUAACCCUCCAGCUCUCCUCCCGGAGAGAGAACUCUGCUUUAGCCAUCCGGCUGGAGCUAUUUGUGCACGGGCGAGGAUGCUACAUCAGGCACAGGAGCAAGAGCCCCGGGCACAGCCAGCCGGAGAUGGACAUUGUAUAUUGGGUUGCCCCAGCUGACCCCUGGUGCGCCCCGGCUCUGCUGAACAGGACUGAGGAGCUGCUGAGCACAUUUAUUGAGGGCUGCAAUUGCACUUUACCUUCGGCUUCCCAGGAUCUGUGCUUGUACUCAGGAGAGGAUACAAAAGUUAUUUGUAAAGCUGCUGGGUCCAACCGGCAGGUGCUUGUGAGAAUAAGACUGGAACCUGCUCAAGAUCAGGAGAAGCCUUCAACAUACAGAAGAAGCAAAAGGAGUAUCAACAGCAGCCCGCAGUUCCAGCUUCACAACUACCAGGCUUCUGUUCCAGAGAAUGAGCCUGCAGGGACCGACGUAACUUCAUUGAGGGCUUCUGACCCUGACCAGGGUGAGGCAGGCAGGCUUGAGUAUGUCAUGGAGGCUUUAUUCGACAGGAGAUCCAAUGACUACUUCGAGAUAGACCCAGAGACUGGAAGUGUCACUACCACCCAAGCAUUGGACAGAGAGACCAAGGACACACACGUGUUGAAGGUGACAGCCACAGAUUUUGGGUCCCCCAGGAGAUCGGCCACCACAUACCUGACGGUGACAGUAAGUGACACUAAUGAUCAUGUUCCAAUGUUUGAGCAGUCAGAGUAUAGAGAGAACAUAAGGGAAAAUCUGGAGAUAGGUUAUGAGGUUAUGACCAUCAGGGCCACAGAUGGUGAUGCCCCAUCCAAUGCCAACAUGCUGUACAGGCUGGUCAAUGGAGAUGGAGUUAACUCAGUGUUUGAGAUAGACCCCAGGUCUGGAGUGGUGAGGACCAGGGCUCAGGUGGAUAGGGAGACAGUAACUGACUACCAACUUAUUGUAGAGGCUAAUGACCAAGGAAAGGAUCCAGGUCCCAAAAGUGCCACAGCUACAGUGUAUAUCUUUAUUGAGGAUGAAAAUGAUAACUAUCCACAAUUUACAGAGAAGAGAUAUGUUGUGCAGGUGCCUGAAAAUAUCAACCCCAACUCCCAGAUCCUACAGGUCCAGGCCACAGACAGGGACAAAGGAAACAAUGCUGUGGUGUAUUAUAGUAUUGUGAGUGGCAACAUCAAAGGACAGUUCUACAUCCAUUCAUUUACUGGGAAUAUAGAUGUCAUCUACCCCUUGGAUUAUGAGGCUAUCAGGGAAUAUAGUCUGAGGAUUAAAGCCCAAGAUGGUGGAAGACCCCCUUUGAUAAAUACUACUGGAAUGGUGUCUAUACAGGUUAUGGAUAUCAAUGAUAAUGCUCCUAUAUUUGUUAGUACCCCUUUCCAGGCGACAGUUCUGGAGAAUGUACCCAUAGGAUAUUCAGUGGUUCAUAUCCAAGCCAAUGAUGCAGAUUCUGGAGACAAUGCUCGGAUUCAAUACAGUCUGACAGAUAUCCCUCCAAAUUUUCCCUUUGUGAUCAACAAUAACACUGGUUGGAUUACAGUGUCUUCAGAAUUAGAUAGGGAGAGUGUAGAGUUUUAUACUUUUGGUGUGGAAGCCAAAGACAAUGGUGAGCCAGUGAUGACCUCUUCAGCCAGUGUGACCAUCACAGUGUUAGAUGUUAAUGACAAUAACCCUACCUUCACAGAGAAGGUGUACCAGUUAAGGAUUAAUGAGGAUGCAGCAGUGGGUAGCAGUGUGUUGACCAUGACAGCUGUGGACAAAGAUGUGAAUAGUGUGGUCACCUAUCAAAUCACAAGUGGGAACACAAGAAACCGCUUUGCCAUUACCAGCCAGAGUGGUGGAGGGCUUAUAACCUUAGCACUGCCUUUAGAUUACAAGCAGGAAAGGCAGUAUGUACUGACUGUCACUGCUUCUGAUGGGACACGUUCUGACACUGUGCUGGUAUUCAUCAAUGUCACAGAUGCCAACACUCACAGGCCAGUGUUUCAGAGUUCCCAUUACACAGUGAGUGUGAGUGAAGAUAAGCCUAUAGGCACCUCCAUAGUUACUAUAAGUGCAACAGAUGAAGACACAGGGGAGAAUGCUAGGAUAACGUAUAUCAUGGAGGAUAAUAUACCUCAGUUUAGAAUAGACCCAGACACUGGUACAAUAACUACACUGGUUGAAUUAGAUUAUGAGGACCAAGCUUCCUAUACAUUGGCUGUGACAGCCAAGGAUAAUGGUAUCCCCCAGAAAUCUGACACCACCUAUGUAGAAAUCCUUAUUAUGGAUGCCAAUGACAAUGCACCACAGUUUCAGAGAGACAGAUACCAGGGCUCUGUGUUUGAGGAUGUCCCCCUUUCCACCAGUGUGCUGCAAAUAUCUGCUACUGAUAGGGACUCAGGCCUUAACGGGAGGGUAAUGUAUACCUUUCAGGGAGGGGAUGAUGGGGAUGGAGACUUCUACAUAGAGCCAACCUCUGGCAUCAUUAGAACAUUUAGGAAGCUGGAUAGAGAAAAUGUCCCUACAUAUAUCCUGAAAGCCUAUGCAGUGGAUAGAGGCAACCCCCCACUAAAAGCUCCUGUGGAUAUCCAUGUCACAGUACUAGAUAUCAAUGACAACCCACCUGUCUUUGAGAAGGAUGAAUUGGACAUCUUUGUGGAAGAGAACAGCCCUGUUGGCUCAGUAGUAGCCAGAAUAUCUGCCACUGAUCCAGAUGAAGGCACCAAUGCCCAAAUAAUGUACCAGAUAGUGGAAGGAAACAUCCCUGAGGUCUUCCAGUUGGACCUUUUCAAUGGAGAACUUACAGCCCUGGUUGACCUGGAUUAUGAGGUCAAGACAGAGUAUGUAAUUGUAGUCCAGGCCACAUCUGCUCCCCUAGUUAGCAGGGCUGUAGUUCAUGUAAAACUACUGGAUAAAAACGACAAUGACCCAGUGCUCCAGGACUUUGAGAUUAUAUUUAACAACUAUGUCACCAAUAAAUCAAAUAGUUUCCCUAUUGGAGUAAUUGGAAAAAUCCCUGCUUAUGACCCAGAUGUAUCAGAUAUCCUACAGUAUAGCUUCCUGCAAGGGAAUGAGUUGAAUCUUCUCAUCCUGGACUCCUCUACUGGAGAGCUGAAGCUAAGCAGGGACUUGGACAACAACCGUCCCCUGGAAGCUAUGAUGAUGGUCUCUGUAUCUGAUGGCAUUCAUAGUGUCACUGCACACUGUACCCUGCGCGUCACCAUUAUCACGGACGACAUGUUAACCAACAGUAUUACUGUCCGGCUAGAAAACAUGUCCCAGGAAAAGUUUUUGUCCCCUCUUCUCUCUCUGUUUGUGGAAGGUGUGGCAACCGUUUUAUCCACCACCAAAGAGGGCAUCUUCGUCUUCAACAUCCAAAAUGACACCGAUGUGAGCUCCAACAUCUUGAACGUCACCUUUUCUGCCUUACUUCCUGGCGGGAUCCGUAAUAGGUUUUUUCAUUCUGAGGAUCUACAAGAACAGAUUUACCUAAACAGGACCCUUCUAACGAUGAUCUCUACCCAGAGGGUCUUACCUUUUGAUGACAACAUAUGUUUGAGGGAACCUUGUGAGAAUUACAUGAAGUGUGUUUCAGUAUUAAAGUUUGAUAGUUCAUCUCCCUUUAUUAGCUCCAACACUGUUCUUUUUCGUCCUAUUCAUCCUAUCAAUGGAUUGAGGUGCAGAUGUCCCCCUGGAUUUACUGGAGAUUAUUGUGAAACAGAAAUUGAUCUUUGCUACUCCAAUCCUUGUGGCAAGAAUGGACAUUGCCGAAGUAGAGAAGGUGGUUACUCUUGUGAGUGCAAUGACGAAUAUACAGGAGAACAUUGUGAAGUGUGCUCUCGGUCUGGGCGUUGUGUUCCAGGUGUCUGUAAGAAUGGAGGUACCUGUAUUAAUCUGCUCAUUGGAGGAUUUAAGUGUGAAUGUCCCCCAGGUGAAUACGAGAGGCCUUACUGUGAAAUGACCACAAGGAGCUUCCCACCUCAGUCAUUCAUAACCUUCAAAGGAUUAAGGCAAAGAUUUCACUUCACUGUGUCGCUGAUGUUUGCGACCAGAGAGCGGAAUUCUUUAAUUCUUUACAACGGGAGGUUUAAUGAAAAACAUGACUUCAUCGCUCUAGAAAUAAUUGAAGAACAGAUCCAGCUAACGUUUUCUGCAGGGGAAGCCACCACUAAAGUGAGCCCUUAUAUAGAAGGAGGAGUAAGUGAUGGUCAGUGGCACUCUGUGCAGGUGCAGUACUAUAACAAGCCUAACAUUGGAAGGUUGGGUAUUCCCCAUGGACCAUCUGGAGAGAAGGUGGCUGUGGUUACGGUUGACGAUUGUGACACCGCUGUUGCCAUACGAUUUGGAAACCUCAUCAAAAACUAUACUUGUGCUGCUCAAGGGACCCAAACAGGUUCUAAAAAGUCUCUGGACUUGACUGGACCUCUUUUACUCGGAGGCGUUCCUAACCUGCCGGAGGACUUCCCAGUGCAGAACCGACAGUUUAUUGGAUGUAUGAGGAAUUUAACUAUUGACAAUAAACCAAUAGACAUGGCCAGCUUUAUAGCCAACAAUGGCACUUUAGAAGGUUGUGCAGCCAAGAAGAAUUUCUGUGACAUGAAUUACUGUCAGAAUGGAGGAACAUGUGUCAAUAAAUGGAACACAUACUAUUGUGAGUGUCCUCUUCAUUAUGGUGGAAAAAACUGUGAGCAAGUAAUGCCUUUCCCUCAACACUUCAAAGGAGAAGGAAUUGUGUUUUGGACUGAGAUGGAUAUAACUGUUUCUGUGCCUUGGUUCAUUGGCUUGAUGUUCAGAACUAGACAACCUACUGCCCUGUUAUUACAAGCAAAUGCUGGGUCUUCAUCACAGAUUAAUAUACAAGUUUUAAACAAACACAUUCAGUUUGAAGUGUACAGUGGCUUUAGUCGUGUUGCAAGUACCAAAAUCUCCCAAACCCGCGUGAGUGAUGGAGAAUGGCAUCACUUGCUUGUAGAAUUGAAAAGCUCCAAAGACAGCAAAGACAUCAAAUACUUGGCUACAAUGUAUCUGGACUAUGGGAUGUAUCAGAGCACUAUAGAGAUUGGAAAUGAACUUCCUGGGUUGAAGUUGAAAAGCAUUUUUGUUGGAGGGCUGUCUGAUACUGAGGGUUCUGUACAGCAGGGCUUCAAUGGCUGUAUGAAGGGAGUGAGAAUGGGAGAAACAUCAACAAACAUUGCUACUCUGAACAUGAACAAAGCUGUGGUAAUUAACGUAGACAGUGGCUGCGAAGUGGACAACCCUUGUGACUUGAACCCAUGCCCUUACAAUAGUGACUGCAGCGAUGACUGGAACAGCUAUUCUUGUAACUGCGAACCAGGAUACUUUGGGAGGGAUUGCCUGGAUGUGUGCAGUCUGAACCCCUGUGAACACGUCUCCACUUGUGUCCGAAAGCCCAGCUCUUCUCACGGAUAUACGUGUAAUUGUGGCACAAGUUACUAUGGGCAAUACUGUGAGAACAAAGUUGACUUACCCUGUCCCAGGGGCUGGUGGGGAAAUCCUAUCUGUGGACCUUGUAACUGUGAAGUUGAAAAAGGAUUUGAUCCUGACUGUAAUAAGACGAAUGGGGAAUGUCGGUGUAAGGAAAACUACUAUAAACCACAGGACAGUGACACCUGCUUCCCAUGUGACUGUUUCCCCUCGGGUGCUUUUGCUCGUGGUUGUGACAUGGAGACCGGACAGUGCCCCUGUAAACCAGGAGUUAUUGGGCGUCAGUGCAACCGCUGUGAUAAUCCAUUUGCUGAAGUCACUAAUCAGGGCUGUGAAGUGAUUUAUAAUGGAUGUCCCAAAGCCUUUGAGGCUGGAAUAUGGUGGCCUCAGACCAAGUUUGGCCAACCAGCUGCUGUUCCAUGCCCCAAGGGAUCUGUAGGUAAUGCAAUCCGGCACUGUAGUGAAGAAAAGGGAUGGCUUCCUCCUGAGCUCUUCAACUGUACCACCCUCACCUUCUUGGAGCUGAAGACUUUGAAUGAGAAGUUACAUCGGAAUGAGACCGCUCUAGAUGGCGAGAAGUCAGUCCACAUUGCUAGAGUGUUGCAGAAUGCCACCAAUAACACAAAGGCCUUAUACGGAAAUGAUGUUCGGACGGGGUACCAGAUGCUUGUGAGAGUGCUAGAGUACGAGAGCCAUCAGCAAGGUUUCGACUUGGCGGCAACAAAAGAUGUGGAAUUUAAUGAGAAUGUUAUAUAUGCCGGCAGUGCUAUUUUAGACCAGAAAAAUAAAGACCAUUGGGAGCAGAUACAGAGAACAGAAGGCGGCACAGCACAUCUCUUGAAACACUAUGAAGACUACGCCAAAAAUGUUGCAAGGAACAUGAAGAAGACUUAUAUGAAACCUUUCAUCAUUGUAGCUCCAAAUAUUAUAAUUGCCGUUGACAUAUUUGACAAGGCUAAUUUCACCGGAGCCAAGGUCCCAGAGUUCAGUGAGAUAUAUGAAGAUUAUUCUAAAGACUUGGAAUCCUCGGUUUUAUUCCCUGAUACUUUGUUUAAACCCCCAGAGAAAAAAGUUUUGUCUACACCAAAGCCUUCAGACCAGAAAUAUUCCGAGAGCGAAGAUGAGACUGAUGCUAUCCUGUCAAAAAGAAAAAAGAGACAGCCAGACCCAUCAAACCAACAUGCAGUUGCCAUGGUGAUAGUGUACCGCUCAUUGGGUCAGCUUUUACCUGAACGCUAUGAUCCAGACCGCAGAAGCUUAAGGGUACCUAACCGCCCAGUCAUUAACACACCUAUACUUAGUGCCACUGUUCAUACAGAAGGGGAUCCACUACCAACUCAACUGGAAAAGCCCAUAAUACUGGAAUAUAAAAUGAUGGAAACUGAGGAGAGAACCAAACCAGUUUGUGUGUUCUGGAACCAUUCAAUACUAAUUGGUGGUACAGGAGGCUGGUCUUCCAAAGGUUGCGAACUUCUUUUGCGGAAUAAAACGCAUAUCACCUGUCAGUGUAAUCACAUGACCAGCUUUGCUGUGUUGAUGGAUAUUUCCAAACGAGAAAUCGGUGAGGUGCUGCCCCUGAGGAUUAUCACAUACACUACGGUCUCUGUCUCGCUAGUGGCCUUGCUGCUGACAUUCAUUCUGUUGGUUCUCAUCAGAACACUGCGUUCUAACCUUCACAACAUCCACAAAAACCUGGUGGCUGCACUUUUCAUUUCUGAACUGGUCUUUCUCAUUGGAAUCAAUCAAACAGAAAACCAGUUUGUAUGCACAGUUAUAGCCAUUCUCCUCCACUACUUCUACAUGAGCACAUUUGCCUGGAUGUUUGUGGAAGGUCUUCACAUAUAUCGAAUGCUUACUGAAGUGCGGAACAUCAACUCUGGUCACAUGAGGUUCUACUACGUUGUUGGCUAUGGAAUACCAGCCAUAAUUACAGGCCUUGCAGUUGGAUUGGAUCCUCAAGGUUAUGGGAACCCUGACUUCUGCUGGCUAUCUGUUCAUGAUACCCUAAUCUGGAGCUUUGCUGGGCCUGUCGUCGUGGUAAUAGCUAUAAACACAGUAAUCUUUGUAUUAGCUGUUAGAGCAUCGUGCGGGCAGCGGCAGAGGGCGUUUGAAAAAUCAGGUGUCCUCUCCCUGCUGAGAACGGCAUUUCUACUGCUACUUCUAAUUAGUGCCACAUGGCUGCUGGGUCUUAUGGCAGUAAACAGUGAUGUGAUGACAUUUCAUUAUCUCUUUGCCAUCUUCAGUUGUUUGCAGGGUCUCUUGAUUUUCUUUUUCCACUGCAUUUUUAACAAGGAAGUCCGUAAACACUUAAAAAAUACUUUAACUGGAAAGAAACCUCUACCAGAUGAUUCAAAUACAACAAGAGCUACUUUGUUAACACGAACACUUAAUUGCAACAACACAUAUCUGGAUGAAUCCAACAUGUACAGAACAGCCAUUGGAGAAUCAACGGCCUCACUGGAAAGCACCCUCAGGUCAGCCAAGAGCCACAAUAGCUACCUUGCUUAUAUUCUCAGAGAUGAAGCUGCACGGAAACUUAGCACGUCAUCAGGACAAGCCCGCGCUGGUAUCACAGAGGCUGAUUCUUCACUUUUCCGAAGAAAUCGAAAGAGAUCCAGCGGUCAUGAUUCUGACUCUGACAGUGAGCUCUCACUUGAUGAGCAUAGUAGCUCAUACGCUUCCUCACACUCCUCCGACAGUGAAGAUGAAGAUGGCAUUGAUGAAGAUAAACAGUGGAAACCAACCAGUCCAAAAAAUAAUGAGAGAGGUCCUGUGCACAGUACUCCUAAAGUGGAUUCCAUAUCGAACCAUGUUAAGCCAUACUGGCCAGAUGGUUGCAUGGCAACCAGCGACAGUGAAGACCAAAGCAGCAAGAGCAAACUAAAAGUAGAGACCAAAGUGAACGUGGAGCUUCACAAUGAAAAUAAGGUUAAUCAGUGUGGGGACGGGCCUCAGGACAAAGAGAACGAGGCCCAGAACAAGGACAAUAACUAUACCAACCACCAAAAUAACCAUCAACCGGAGCUCCGAAAAGGUAUUUUGAAAAACAAAGUUACGUACCCUCCACCUCUGACAGAUAAAAACAUGAAAAAUCGUCUUCGAGAGAAGUUGUCAGACUAUAAUCAAAGUACAAUCUCAUCAAGAACAUCGUCUUUAGGCUCCAAUGAUGGUGUUCGGCCUAUUACAGACUCUAACAUAGCUGUUAAAAAUGUGCACAUAGAGCAGCCUCGUGAACAAAUGAAUGGCAUAGCAAUGAAUAUUAAAAUGGGUCCUAUAAAUACAGAGGCAUCAGAUUCAGAUGGCAGUAAUGAAACUUCAAUUUGAACCAUCAGGAAACCAUAAAAGCUGCUACUGUUGAACCAGAACAUGCGUUAGGAGUGUACCACUUUUUGAAGACUUUGGAAUUUAUCAAAAGGCAGACCUUGUGGAAAGAGAUACAUAUCAUUGCUAAUGCAAUUGCUUACUAUGGCAGACUUGUGACUGCUUAAAGAAAUAAGACAUUAAAGGGCUGUUUGAUAAAAAUUGACAAUACAAAGCACUCCUUGCUUGAAGCCAGUGCCAAAUUGUAUAGUCGUACAUUGGAUUCCAUCCAUUUUGAAGUAAAGGACCUUUCAUAAGUGGAUUUAUAUGGACAAAUUGGCACAUACCCGGAGCCAUACAUUUUCAAGAGACUGUUUUGUUGGGCAGGCUAUACUAAAGACUUUUAUAUGCAUGUAAAUACACUGGAUCUAUUAUAUUAAAAUCAGCUUUCCAUAGGCAACCCUGAUACAGGGUCCACCUUGCUGAUUAAAUUGUUCUGUCACAAUGUGACCUUCAAGCCCAAUGAACAAUGCACACGGGAACAAGACACUAAAGUGCCCUUUAUUCAUUUCAACACCUUCUAAUUUGUCUUAAAAAAAGAAUCGGUUUGUAUAAACAGAUUGUAGAUACUUUUUAUAUAUAUUUUUUAUGAAGACUCUUACAAGGAAAUGCUCUUUUUUUGUACAUUUUACAUUUGUACCAGUUUUGUUUUUUGAUAGCUUAAGACCUGCUGAUAACAAGUUAUUUUUAUAUUAAUAAGAUUGCACAAUAUUACUUGAGUUAGCUGCGCUGCAAAAAUUGAAUCCCAACAACCCCAAUCAGAUGUUCAUAUACUCAAACCAGAAAUGUACAUAUCUGCUGAAUUAUUCACAAAUGCUUCAUUGUGAAUUGUGCUGCCAACAUAAAACACUGUAGUUCUCAAAUGUUCUUAAAAUCUCAUACAUUAUCCAAAGCAUGUUUUUUUUUCUGGAUAUAGUAAUAAAAACCUCUUUAUUCUGUAAGAACAACCGUCCAUUUUAAACCAAUAUUUUGGUCAUGAUUUUUUUAAUGAUCUCUAUUUUCCCGGUAACAAAUUGAGUUUUCAUGAUGUAGUUUAAAUUAUUAAAUAAUAAUUAAAUAAGCAAAGAUGCACAAUCAAAAACCGGUGUUUCUGCUGCAUUAGCUGUGCCUUGACUCUCAAUACAAAGGUAGAAUGCUUCUGGUCACAUGGCUACAAUUUGAUAGUCAUUUAUGCAUUAUGACUGAGAAUGUACAAUGAAAUGCUUAAUUUAUCUUUCUGUAUAAAAAAGCUGAUUAAUUCAAAACAAAUUCAUAUUUAAAUGUAUGGUUCGGUUUUAUUCAUAUCAGUGUACUUUUUUAUUUUUUUCACUUCAUUGUUCUGAAACAAAGAGAAUACGGUUGUCAGAA